UCAGAUACAACAAAAUUAGAAUAUUAUUAAAAUUUUGAAAAAAAAGGUUUUAAAGCUGUGCCAUGACUGUGCUACAAUGGGCCAUGGGCUUUAAAGGCUGUGGAUUAAAGACACAGAAGCCUGCCAAUAAUAAAGCCAAAGAUCUUGCAGGCUGCGAGCGGCUGGGCCAACAAAUUGGCUCCAUUAUGCUGGAGAAUCAUUCCAAUGAGCUGCUGUUGCGUCAACAGGCGGGCCUGGACAAUAGAAAGAAGGGGCAAACACGUCGUCGUGUGGCAGCUCCCAAAGUCUACAAGUUUCAGCAGAAAUACGAGCGCAAUCGAAAACAAAAAGAGCGUCAGAUCAGCGAGGAACAGCAAAAGUUGCGCCAGUUUCAUAGUCAUCCAGUGCCGAACUUCAAUCAGCUGCACAAACGCUGGGAGCAUCGUAAUCGAGUGCGUCAAAUGGUCUCGCAACACAAGGUGACCACAGCGCAGACGCCUUUGACGCUCGUCACCUCGGCGGAGGCGCGCAAGAAACGCGAGGAGAAAAUGCAGCGAACAUUGCAAAAGCAGCAGAGCUUACAUCAGCGUCCCAAGCUGACAUCGGCAUCUUUGGACUCUUGGCGCAAGCCACCGUUUCGACCACGCAUUCAGCCCAGUUUCAUCAAGGUGCAACCGUUCCAUCUGUUGUCCGAGGAGCGUGGCAAGCGUCGCAAAGCCUACGAUGAGCGCAGCAGAUACGACCAGCAAAUGCGCUUUCGGAAACAGGCUGAAGAAUGGGCGAAACGCUGGCGCGAAGAGUAUUUGAUACUGCGCAACCAAACCAACUUUAAAGCACGUCCCAAUCCUUGCCAAUCAGGGCAUAUGUUUAGAAAAGCAGUUAAAUCUUAAAAAAUAGUAUACAUAAUACCU